AUGUCUACUUCGUCUGAUCCAGAUAAUUCUGACCCUGCUUUUCUGUCUAUCGCUGAAAGAAAAAAACUUUUGCAAAAUCAAGGACUUUUUAGAUACUUGAAGACAAACAAUGGAAACAGUAAAACUCCUAAAAAUAACAUUGCUGCUUCCAAACCAAUAAUUCCUUCGCAAGCAUCUACUAUACAGAAUUCAGAUGUAUCAACGUUGUCAACAUCUAAUCUUCCUUCAACGCAUCAGACUUUAUCGACUAAUCUUCCUUCAACGCAUCAGACUUUAUCGACUAAUCUUCCCUCAACGCAUCAGACUUUAUCGUCUAAUGCUUUAAUUGCUCCUGAUAACCCUGAUCCAAUCACGAUUCCACAAAGAAAUUCUUCUCUGUUAGAAAAUUUGCCUUUUACUGAUAGAAUAGAGGUCAAUUUAUUGCGCGAUCUAUUAAAUGAGACUCCCAAUAUAUUGGUGCUAGAUAUUAGAUCUAGAGAAGAAUUCAAUAAGGAAAAUUGCCCUGAACAUGAAAAAAAGCUUUUUUCUGAGCGACAUACUUUUAAUCUAGUAGUAUAUCAUGGCUACGGUUCUGAAUUAAUUCCUUGUGCCACUAACUUAAUUCAAGCAAUUUUUGAAAAUGAAUUUAAAAAACCAUUAAAAAGAUAUCCUGUAUUCUUGGUCGGGGGAUUUAUUGCGUGGGAACAAUUGACAGGUGAAACUGGUGUUGAGCGUAAUAAUCCUAAUAUUCCUAAUAUUCAGACAAAUCAAUUUGCUAUAUACGAUAAGGCUGGGAUGGCUAACUUUACUACUCAUGAAAGUCCACUGGAAAAUAUAUUAUCUAAUGAUUUAACGAAUAAUCAGGCGAAACCUAAAAUAUCUGCUCCAAAUAAGCCGCUUCCAAGGCCAAUUCCUAAUUCCUCUGUUAAUUCGAAUGAUUCGUCAAUUUCUAAGUCUGGUAGUAGCUUGCAACGUCGUAAAACCAUUUUUGAUCACCCGUACCAUGGUUUUAGCGAAGUAAAAAAUCCGGAUUAUAAUUCAUUAAAACGUCCUCCUCCUCCGAAAAAACCGUUACCGCAGAUACCAUAUGGACAACAAUCUAUAUCAUCUGUUACUACCACUAACAAUCCUGUUCCAAUGAAUGAUAAACGUCCUAAAUUUACUCACGCUUCUGAGAGUAGCUUUUCUCAAUUAGGUUCCGGCAUUGGCACCACCGGUUUGAGAAAUCUAGGUACUAAAGGUGUUCUGGCUGAUAAAUUUGCUACUUUGAUAAGAGUAAUGUGGAGUGAUCAAUAUGUUUCUAUCUCUCCUGUAUCUCUUAAAGAAGCUGUUGGAUGUUUUGCUCCUCAAUUCUCUGGAUCUGAACAACAGGAUUCUCAAGAAUUUUUAGCUUAUUUAUUGGAUGGUUUACAUGAAGAUUUAAAUAUAAAUUAUCACAAUUUUGUAAAUAAUGAUUCGUCUCCUCAGGAUGCUGAUGAAUUGGAAAAUUUACCUCCAAGUAUAACUUCUGAAUUAGCUUGGGAAAAACAUUUGAUGCGUAAUUCUUCUAUUGUUGUCAGCCUGUUCCAGGGCCAGUUUUGCAAUCGAUUGAUGUGUAUGACUUGUGGAAAGACUUCCACGUCCUAUGACGUUUUUAUGUACCUUUCCUUACCAAUACCUACUAAUAUUAAAUCUAAUGUGCGUGUAUAUUUAGAAAUGUGUCUUAAAGGUUUUAUAAAAGAAGAAAUUUUAGAUGGAAAUGAUGCCUGGAAUUGCCCUAGAUGUAAAUGUCCUAGGCGUGCAACAAAACAACUCUCCAUCUCUCGAUUACCUGAUAUCUUGUUGAUUCAUCUUAAGAGGUUUUCAUUUUAUGGACCUUUUAGAGAUAAACUUGAUACAAUGGUUCAUUUUCCUAUUAGACGUUUAGAUUUAACUCCAUAUGUAUUUACAUCUGGCGAUGGUGGAUCGCAAUCUAAUUUAAGUCAAAUGGGUCCUUUUAUAUAUGACUUAUAUGCUGUUUCAAAUCAUUAUGGUGGAUUAAAUGGUGGUCAUUAUACAGCAUGUGUACGAAAUGGUUAUAGAAAUGAAUGGCAUAAUUUUGACGAUAGUCGUGCAUCUAUAUGUGAGGAACAAGAUAUUGUGACUCGUGCUGCGUAUAAUUUAUUCUAUGUACGAACUUCAAUAUAA